AUGGUUCAAGACUUGCCUGAUGAAAUUCUAGCCAACCCAGAGCUUUACGGGUUGCGUAGAUCGCAUAGAGCGGUGGUUUCGCAUACGAGUUAUUCGGGCUUAGAUUCUGAUUCAGAAGAGGAAGUUGUGAGGCCCAGGAGGGGCAAGGGCAAGCGCAAGAGUACUAAAACGGAGGAGGAAUAUAAUGAGAUGGGAGAGGAAGAGUUUGAGGAAGAAGGUGAUGAUGAUGACGACGAGGAAUUUGAAGAGAGUGGUAGUAAUAGUAGUAAUGUUCGGAGUAGAAGCAGAAGUUCGCGAAAGAAUGGACCACGUAGUCGGGGUUCGAGCGGGCGCGGGACGGCGAAACGAGGCGGGAAGGGCCGUCGUGGUAGACGUGGCGAGAAGAGUGCUGAGGAGUCUGAAGAGGAGCCAAUUGCGUUGCCUACGAGGUUUUCGUCGCGUAAUAAUAAUAGGGUUGUUAACUAUACACUGAACGAUGACUCGAACGACGAAGAUUUGAUGGAGUCUAGCGUAGAGGAGGAUGAUAUGGAUGAGGACGAAGACGAGGAUAUGGACUUGCAAGGACGCUACUCUGCUUCGCCUUUCCCUCAGGAGGAAGUGCACAGCAUAGACAUUGUCGUGGACCAUCGGUUAAAAGAAGGUGUUGACCAAGAACUGGUGAAGCAUCGUCGGUGGGAUGCAGACUCGAUCAAGGAGAAUUUCGAGUUCCUCAUCAAAUGGGCAGACCAAUCGCAUUUGCAUAACAGCUGGGAGAACUACGAGGAUCUCAAGGAGAAAGGAACAAAAGGUAUCAAGAGAGUCGAAAACUACUAUAAACAAUUUAUCAUUUUGGAUCAAGAGAUUAGAACAGAUCCUUACACGACACGAGAGGAUAUAGAGGUAAUGGACUUGGAGCACGAGCGUAGAAUAGAGGAGUUCGAGGAAUUCAAAAUUCCAGAACGUAUCAUCGACUCUGAACGGUUCGAGAACGAAGAUGGCUCUGGUACGUCCCAUUUGAAAUACCUUGUAAAAUGGCGUCGUCUGAACUAUGACGAGUGUACCUGGGAAGUCGCAUCCGAAAUAGUCAAGAUGGCUCCUGAACAAGUCAAAGAUUUCCAAAAUAGAUCCAAUUCCAAAAUCAUGCCUCAACACUCUUCGAAUUACCCCGGUAACCAAAGGCCGAAAUUCCAGAAAUUAGACAAACAACCGGCCUUCAUCAAGGGCGGGGAGUUGAGAGAUUUCCAGUUGACAGGUAUCAAUUGGAUGGCUUUCCUUUGGUCAAAGAAUGAUAAUGGUAUCCUUGCUGAUGAAAUGGGUCUCGGAAAAACCGUUCAAACUGUCUCUUUCAUCAGUUGGCUAAUUUACGCAAGAAGACAAAAUGGACCCCAUCUUGUCGUAGUACCGUUAUCAACGAUGCCUGCAUGGCAGGAGACCUUUGAAAAAUGGGCACCGGGUCUCAAUUGUGUAUACUACAUGGGUAACCAGGCGUCCAGAGAUUUGAUCAGGGAUUACGAAUUUUACACAAAUCCUCAAGCAAAGGGGAAAAAGCAUCUCAAGUUCAACGUGCUACUAACCACUUACGAGUACAUUUUAAAGGAUAGAUCAACUCUUGGCUCCAUUAAGUGGCAAUUUUUGGCAGUGGACGAAGCCCACCGUUUGAAGAAUGCAGAAUCAUCUCUAUAUGAAUCGUUGAACAGCUUCAAAGUGGCCAAUAGAUUAUUGAUCACUGGUACCCCACUUCAAAAUAACAUCAAGGAAUUAGCUGCGUUGGUUAACUUCUUGAUGCCUGGAAGAUUUACCAUUGAUCAAGAGAUUGACUUUGAAAACCAAGACGAACAGCAAGAAGAAUACAUCAGAGAUUUACACAAGAGAUUACAGCCUUUCAUUUUACGUCGUUUGAAAAAAGAUGUAGAAAAGUCCUUGCCUUCUAAAAGUGAAAGAAUUCUUAGAGUCGAGCUUUCAGAUGUUCAAACUGAGUACUAUAAAAAUAUUUUAACGAAGAAUUAUUCUGCAUUGACAGCAGGUGUUAAGGGCGGUCACGUAUCUCUCUUAAACGUCAUGAACGAAUUGAAGAAGGCUUCCAAUCACCCAUACCUUUUCGAUAAUGCGGAAGAACGAGUUCUUUCAAAAUUCGGUGAUGGCCACAAGUCAAGGGAAAACAUCCUCAGAGGUUUAAUCAUGUCUAGUGGUAAAAUGGUAUUGCUAGAUAAACUUUUGACAAGACUAAAAAAGGAUGGCCAUCGUGUUCUAAUUUUCUCCCAGAUGGUCAGAAUGUUGGAUAUAUUAGGUGAUUAUCUUUCAAUUAAGGGAAUAAAUUUCCAAAGGCUCGAUGGUACAGUUCCAUCUGCCCAACGUAGAAUCUCUAUUGAUCAUUUCAAUGCAGAUGACUCUAACGAUUUCGUUUUCUUGUUGUCUACUAGAGCAGGUGGUUUGGGUAUUAAUUUAAUGACUGCAGAUACGGUUAUUAUUUUUGAUUCCGACUGGAACCCUCAAGCUGAUUUACAAGCAAUGGCAAGAGCUCAUAGAAUUGGCCAGAAGAACCAUGUUAUGGUUUAUAGAUUUGUGUCUAAAGACACUGUUGAAGAAGAGGUCUUGGAGAGAGCAAGAAAGAAAAUGAUUUUGGAAUAUGCCAUCAUUUCUCUCGGUGUUACAGAUGGUAACAAGAUAUCCUCUACAAAGAAAAAUGAACCAAGUGCUGGUGAACUCUCGGAAAUUUUGAAGUUCGGUGCGGGAAAUAUGUUCAAAGCAAAUGAUAAUCAACAGAAGUUAGAAGACUUGAAUCUUGACGAUGUUUUGAACCAUGCCGAAGAUCAUGUAACUACCCCAGAACUUGGCGAAUCGAAUCUCGGUGGUGAAGAAUUUUUGAAACAAUUUGAAGUCACGGAUUAUAAGGCGGAUGUUGAGUGGGAUGAUAUCAUUCCAGAAGACGAGCUUAAAAAACUAAAAGACGAAGAACAAAGGCGUAUGGACGAAGAAUAUGUGAGGGAGCAAUUGGAUAUCAUGAAUCGUAAAACUGCUGCUAUUGAUAAAAUAAAAAGAUCUGUCAAUGGCGAAACAUUCGGAAGUGACUCUGACGAUGAAGGCAGUUCAAAAGCUAGAAAACGUUCAAAGACCAACAACUUGGACCAUUUCGGAGAGAGAGAGAUCAGAGCACUCUACAAAGUAAUUCUUCGUUACGGUGAUGUUGAAGACAAAUUUGAAGAAUUGAUUGCAGAUGGCUCGUUACCUGUUCGUUCUAUAGAUAAGUUUAAAGAACUUUACAGAGAGAUAACGGGCAAGGCAGAAACUUUAAUGAAAGAAGAAGAAGCAAAGAGACAAGCACUAUUCAGUAGGUUGGAAAAAGAUGCUGCUGAGUACAAACUAAAGUUAAAGAAUAUGGAAAUCAAACCGGAGGAGGAAAAUGGCAAGGAAAAUCCAAUCACGAUUCUAUCUGCCAAGAGAAGAGAGAAAAGAGCUAUCCUCUUCGAAUUCCAUGGAACGAAGGCCCUCAAUGCAGAAACUCUUGUGAACAGAUGCGAUGACCUAAAGUUCCUAACGGCCUAUAUCAAUAAAAACUUCAAAAACGACCCACUGCAAUUCAAAUUCGUUCAUAGAACUCCUAAACCAGUCAUUGCCUGGAACUGCUCCUGGAGCAAAGAGGAUGAUGAGAAGUUGCUUGUUGGUAUCUACAAGUAUGGCUACGGUGCCUGGACUCAAAUAAGAGAUGAUCCAUUUUUGGGACUCACUGAGAAAUUAUUCUUGAAUAACGAAUUGGUUAAAAAGACACCUUCUUCUCAAUCAGGUAGCGCUGCUAAUACUAAACCGGAAACUCAACCAGGGACGGAUACUAAUGCAUCUCAACCGACCUCUGCGAGUGCUUCAUCCAUGGGAAAUGUCAAGGAUGAAACACCAGAAACUUCUCUAAGCGCUCAAAAUACUCCUGCCACUGCUGCUUCUGAAACUGCAACAAGUGUUCCAGCAAGGGAGCCUUCAGGCAAGAAAAUGAUUAAAAAGGCUCCUGGUGCAGUCCAUUUGGGUAGAAGAGUGGACUACUUAUUCGGUGUUUUACGUGAUGAAGCCAAGGGCCCCUUACCAGAACCCAGCCAUUCUUCUUCGGGACAGUCUUCUGCAUCGACCGUAACGCAAACAUCGAAGCGUAAGCAAAAGAAAUCUGGCAACCAUGUUAACAAUAAUGAUAAUACGAACGGAUCUGGCACCGCUGGAUCUAAUUCUCUAUCUGGUAGCAACGGUAAUGGCAGUGCUGCAGCUGGCAAAGAUGGGACACCUGAUUUAGGUCCCGAAUCGAAGCGCCAAAAGGGCAGUCACCAGGCUCAUGGAUCGAGAUCUGGAACACCUGUACCCGCUGCUCACAGAAAGCAACAGAGAAAAAUGAAGGACAUUCCAUUGGCACCCAAGGCAGAUCUGAAAGCCACGGACAAAGAGUAUGAAAGUAUGGACGAAGACGAGUGCAAAAAGACGAUGUCGAAUGUCCGAGGUUCCCUCAAACGUCUCAGAAAUGGUGGUGAGGGAUUGGACCGUAAAGAAUGGGCCAGUCUCUUGAAGAAGGAGUUGAAAACUGUCGGGGACUUCAUCGAAUCGCAUAAGAAGGACUCUUCAAGAACAGCACCAGAGAAAUUCAAGAGACACCUAUGGUCUUUCACAUCCUACUACUGGCCUAGAGAAGUUCCAUCGUCUAAACUACUGGCAAUGUACGAUAAGAUCAAGGCAUCCGAGCAUUAG